GUACAAAUUUGCAUUAAAUAAUGUUGUAGAAACUAGGUAAUGCUUUAUUUUUCCUUUCUCUACAAAACAUCACUCCAGAUGCUUACUACUUCUUUCAGCAUUGGUUAGCGACUGUGAAUGCAUCGGCUUCUCUACCGAAGAGGACCGUUGUGAUACGAUAGCGACUACUUCACGAAUUGCAAAUGAAGUGGAAUUUAAUGUUAGCAGAGGACAAACGGAGAGUGAAAUUAGCUCGGAUGACCAAGCUAAGCUUGACGAGAAUAUCCAGUCAGCAGUGGGAGUGGACGAGUCUAUGCAGAGUCAAAACGAAGUGUAUCUGAGCGCGAUUGUCGUAAAGACGGAAAAGUGCGAAUGGACUAGAUGGUCUCAAUGGUCCGCUUGUACUGUAAGCUGCGGAAUGGGAGAGAAACUGCGAAAGAGGCGUUGCUCCUGCGGGAUUGAUGAUUUGUACGUACUACUCGCAUGUGCCAAUGACCAAAUUUGCUUGCCCGUAUAUUCUUUCUUGCCACUUAGCAUGUAUCUCACUUGA